CAAUAUAUUCGGGGAUUAAAUUUUAUGAAUCAAUACAAUGUUCGAAUAAUGGCUAAAUACCAUGAUACUAGAGAUAAUAUUAUAAAAACAUUAGUUGAAGUAGAAAAAUUUUCACCACUACAAGACAAUUUUCCAUUCCCACCUUUUAAAGGUCAA